GCAUCUGAUGAGUCGAUGGACAUCACAGCUAUAGCAAGAAUGAGAAAGUUCAGAGCAAUGAACAAGCUUAAGAAAGUAGCCUUGAAGUUGAAGGCAUCUAUUCAACCUGGUGGAACAGUUACAUUUGAGCAUCGAAACAUCAAAGGGCAAAACAGGUCCAUUGUGGGCUCUGUGACAUCUAGCAAUCUCCUCAAUCCUCAGGAUGAUCUAUCUUUCAAGCUUGAGUAUGUGCAUCCUUACUUGGAUGGCGUGUAUAAUGGUGCUCGGCAAUUGCCUACUGGUGCUUUGAGCAUGGAUGGACCUCUGACAACCUUGAGUAGUACUGGUGUUGAUCGUAUGGCAUUUGCACAAGCAAACAUUACUUGUGACAACACAAAGUUUGUCAAUAGUGCAAUUGUUGGUGAAAGGAAUGUGUUUCAGCUAGAUCAAGGCCUGGGAAUUGGUACCAAUUUCCCAUUCUUCAACCAUCGUCAGCUCACACUAACCAGAUUCACUCUUGGAGGACCUAAUUCUGUGCGGGGAUACAAUAUGGGUGAGUUGAGUGCGUGUAGGAAUAUUCUUGAGAUAUUGUGUAUGUAUAUGUUUUCGAUUUCAUUGUGAGAUGUUGAGAAAUCAUUGUGUGAG